UCCGUGUCUCCGGCCCCCAGACAGAGCUGUGACCUGGCCCUACCCGCAGCAGAUGAGCCUACCCACCAUGGCAAGCCCCACUCUGAGCCCCGACUCCUCAUCCCAGGAGGCCCUGUCGGCCCCCACCUGCUCCCCCACCUCUGACUCCGAGAACCUCAGCCCCGAUGAGCUGGAGCUGCUGGCCAAGCUUGAAGAGCAGAACCGGCUCCUGGAGGCCGACUCCAAGUCCAUGCGCUCCAUGAACGGCUCUCGGCGGAACAGCGGAUCCUCGCUGGUGUCCAGCUCCUCGGCCUCCUCCAACCUGAGCCACCUGGAGGAGGACACGUGGAUCCUGUGGGGCCGGAUCGCCAACGAAUGGGAGGAGUGGAGGCGCAGGAAAGAGAAGCUGCUCAAGGAGCUGAUCCGCAAGGGCAUCCCGCACCACUUCCGGGCCAUCGUGUGGCAGCUCCUGUGCAGUGCCACGGACAUGCCAGUCAAGAACCAGUACUCGGAACUGCUCAAGAUGUCCUCGCCAUGUGAGAAGCUGAUCCGAAGGGACAUUGCCCGCACCUACCCGGAGCAUGAGUUCUUCAAGGGCCAGGACAGCCUGGGCCAGGAGGUCCUCUUCAACGUCAUGAAGGCGUACUCCCUGGUGGACAGGGAGGUGGGCUACUGCCAGGGCAGCGCCUUCAUCGUGGGGCUGCUCCUCAUGCAGAUGCCCGAGGAGGAGGCCUUCUGUGUGUUCGUGCGGCUGAUGCAGGAGUACCGCCUGAGGGAGCUCUUCAAGCCCAGCAUGGCCGAGCUGGGGCUGUGUAUCUACCAGUUCGAGUACAUGCUACAGGAGCAGCUCCCGGAUCUGAACACCCACUUCCGCUCCCAGAGCUUCCACACGUCUAUGUAUGCCUCGUCCUGGUUCCUCACACUCUUCCUGACCACCUUCCCGCUUCCUGUUGCCACUCGUGUCUUUGACAUCUUCAUGUACGAGGGCCUGGAGAUUGUGUUCCGGGUCGGCCUCGCCCUGCUGCAGGUGAACCAGACGGAGCUCAUGCAGCUGGACAUGGAGGGGAUGUCCCAGUACUUCCAGAGGGUCAUCCCCCACCAGUUUGACAGCUGCCCAGACAAGCUGAUCCUCAAGGCUUACCAGGUCAAGUACAACCCCAAGAAGAUGAAGAGGCUGGAGAAGGAGUAUGCAGCUAUGAAGAGCAAGGAGAUGGAGGAGCAGAUUGAGAUCAAAAGGCUUCGGACGGAGAACCGGCUCCUGAAACAACGGAUCGAGACCCUGGAGAAGGAGAGCGCUGCUCUGGCUGAUAGGUUAAUCCAGGGCCAGGUGACCCGGGCGCAGGAGGCGGAGGAGAACUAUGUCAUCAAGCGGGAGCUGGCAGUGGUGCGGCAGCAGUGUAGCUCGGCGGCCGAGGACCUGCAGAAGGCGCAGAGCACCAUCCGGCAGCUUCAGGAGCAGCAGGACAACCCGCGCCUCACCGAGGACUUUGUGGCCCACCUGGAGACCGAGCUGGAGCAGUCCCGGCUGCGGGAGACAGAGACGCUGGGGGCCCUGCGGGAGAUGCAGGACAAGGUCCUAGACAUGGAGAAGAGGAACAGCUCGCUGCCCGACGAGAACAACGUGGCGCGGCUGCAGGAGGAGCUGAAGGCGCUCAAGGUGCGGGAGGGCGAGGCCGUGGCCUCGGCGCGGGAGCUGAAGCUACAGUUGCAGGAGCUCUCGGACACCUGGCAGGCCCAUCUGUCCCGCGGCGGCCGCUGGAAGGAGUCCCCGCGGAAGCUGGUGCUGGGCGAGCUGCAGGACGAGCUGAUGAGCGUGCGUCUGCGCGAGGCCCAGGCUCUGGCCGAGGGCCGCGAGCUGCGCCAGCGCGUGGUGGAACUCGAGACGGCAGGGGACGACCUGGAGGUCUCAGGACUGGACGAGCAGGAAGCUCCCUCCCAGCAGUCCCCCUUCUGGGACAAGGGCAGCGCUGCUGGGAAGGCCCAGGAGCUAAAGGCCUGA